AUGGCUAAGUAUUUACAGAGUGCUCCUGUUAGCCAGGGAGCAUUGCAGCACAAGGAGUUUCUCUUAGAUGGCUUGUACAUGGAGCAGCGCCCCCAAGGAUCGCCGAAUCCGAACGAGGUCAUUAUAGUGAAUCCUGGCCUUCCUAUGAAGUUUGGCUGCACCGCGGCUACUGAUUGGACAAUAUAUGAUGGCAUUGGCCCCGACAAGAAGCUUGUGGCACAUGCACAGGGGGUACUUACGGGUGCUGGUGCAACCGAAGGAACCUGGUCCCUUUGUUUUAACAUGGUGUUCGUCGAUGAGAGGUUCAAAGGUUCCAGCCUUAAGGUGCUUGGAAAUAUGAGCUCACCACUAGAAGGUGAAUGGGCAAUCCUUGGUGGGACGGGUGAGUUUGCCUAUGCGCAAGGUGUUGUCUUGUUCAAGAUCCAAAAGUUUUAUGAGCUUCAGAUCCGCGUCUUGUGCCUCAACUUCUCGUCAUCCCUAUCAUUGCCUAUAAAGAUGGGGCCAUGGGGCGGAAAUGGAGGUUUCCCUCAAGACAUGACCGCAGGAAAGCCGUUGCGUCUACGAAGUAUGAGAAUAAACAGUGGCUCGCGCAUCUUUUCGCUUGAGUUUUCUUAUGUCGACAAACUUGGGAAGGUCCGCUCUGAAGGUCCAUGGGGUGGCAGCAGCGGAGGGAACUAUCAGACUAUUGAGCUAGGCCCUAAAGAGUUUGUGAAGCAAAUAUCGGGGACAAUUGACAACCUUGUGACUGAAACUGUUAUAACUUCUCUUGUUCUCGUCACCAACAUCAGAAAGUAUGGGCCUUACGGAAGUGUGCAGGGCACAAGUUUUGAUGCCACGGUACCGGAAAAUACAUGUGUUGUGGGCUUCUUUGGCAGAUCUGGUGGUGCACUUGAUGCAAUUGGCAUUUACCAUGGUCCCAUCGCAGUUUAG